GCUUCUCCAAUUCAUGGACUACCCUCUUCUGUGUACUUUCAUAUCAACAAGGAGGGAACUCAUUUGGUUGUAUCUGCCUGUCGGGCCACACAUACCAAGGAACUUGUAUACACAUCCUUGACUGGCAUCAUUUGGAUGGGUGCUGAUUUGGCUGGAGUGAAAGAAGAUGAGGUUUGGAUACCUUCUCAAAGUUACGAUGCAUAUCAUCAUACUAAGGCUUUGGCUGAGCAAACCGUACUUGAUGCGAAUGGAGUGGAUGGUAUGGCGGUCAUGGUUCUUAGGCUAUGCGGUAUGACCAGGGAGCGCAACAAGCAGCUCAUCUGGUGUGUAGCGAAGCUCCUUGAGCACGGCCAGGAGAAUAUACAAAUCGGAGAUAAUAUGAAUCUCAUCGAUUAUCUCUAUGUGGGUAACGCUGCCCAUGCUCACAUUCUGGGUGUGGAUCAUUUACUCAUGAGUCCUGAAAGCAUUGCUGGUCAAGUAUUUUUCAUCACCAAUGGACAACUGAUGCCGCAGUGGCCUUUUAACAGACUGAUAUUCAGAGAGGUUAUUUGGGCAAAGUCAGAGUUCAACAUGUCUACUGUUCGAUUUGCGACAGGUGUGCAAUGGUAUAAUAUUGACAAGGUGUGUAAUCUUCUGGGCUAUGAACCUAAAAUAUCAUUGGAGGAAGAAAUAUGUCGGACCGUUCAAUGGUGGAAAGCCUCCGGAGCUGGCGAGUGCAAUCAGAGGAAGGAGAGGCGGAUUUGA